AUGGCGGACAGCGAAGAAGACCGCCAUGGAGACUUUCAAGGCCGCAGCGAGGCGGUCCUGGCCGUCACGAUCAUCAUGAUUGUACUGUGCACGGUCUUCGUGACUUUUCGCAUCAUUUCGCGCGCGGCGAUUGUCAAGAAGAUUUCGUGGGACGAUUACUUCAUGGCUCUUGCGUGGGCGCUGGCUGUGGGACUCUCGGUUGCGAUCUGCUAUGGAACGGCGUAUGGGCUUGGGCGACAUGAACAGAACGUGCCGGCGACGUGGCAGGGCGGUCUGAAGAAGUCGAACUAUGCCUUCAGCGUGUUGUACCAGCCGGCUCUGAUGGCGACCAAGACGUCGAUUCUGGCCUUUUAUCUCACGUUCUCCACAGCGAACCAGGUCUUUCGAUGGGCCUGCUAUGUAACGCUUUUCGUGGUCAAUGCUGGAGGGCUUGCCUUGACCUUCGUGACGGUAUUCCAGUGCGAACCGAUAUCCGCCGUCUUCAAGCUCAUUACGCCCGCGAACGCGACUUGUACGGAUAUAUUGACGAUAUAUCUGGCGUCAGUACCGCUCAACAUCAUCACCGACCUGACGCUGCUGUUCUUACCCAUGCCGAUUCUUACAGGAAUGCGAUUGCCACGAAAGCAGAAGAUCAUCCUCAUGAUCACCUUCAGCUUUGGUAUAUUCGUCGCAGUGGUGGAUGUGGUCAGGAUUUCGUAUCUGCAAUCAGCAGCAAUGACCAGACUCGAGGAGAUCCAGAGCCAGGCUUCGUCGGACGGGAGGCAGAGAGCAGAGGAGACGGACUCUUCCUUUUACUUAGGUUUCUCGUUCAUGUGGAGCGCAAUCGAGGUCUCAGUCGGGAUUAUGUGUGCUUGUGUUCCUGGACUUAAACCUCUCGUCGCAAGGUUCAUGCCCAACAUGCUACGAGAUCACAGCGAUCCGCCAUCGGUGUUUGGAUCACUUUCGGUGCCCAGCGCAGAGCCAGAGAAGAUUACACCACCCAUGCCAAUCUCUGUCCCUGGGGAUGUGCAUCAGCGAGACUUUGGUCGCGCAGCAGAGGAAGAUGACGAUCGAGAGAUGGACAUGUUCGAGUUUUUGACGGGUCGGCCAGGCAACACGCAUCAGUCUCCAGGGGAAGAAGAGGAACGGCCCAUGGAUAUGAUGGACUUCCUGACGACUCCCGAAAUGGCGGGGAUACCUCCAAUGGAAAGAUCGCCAACAGCGUUGACAAACACGACUCGACAUACGCGGCCUGAGACACCAACAUUCUUCGACUUCGUGAACAUGAAGCAGCGAAAGAGUGCUGUUCACUUGACGAACCGGGAGGCAAUCUAUCCAGUCGCUGCGGUGACAGUCUUGUUCUUCAUCUGGGGCUUCGAGUAUGGACUUCUGGAAACUCUCAACCAGCAAUUCCAGUCCGUGGCGAAGGUGACAACGACGCAGAACCUUGGAAUUCGCAGCGCUUAUUACGGCGGGUAUUUCCUGGGGCCACUUCUCGUAGGACGUCCGGUCUUGAAGCAUUGGGGUUUCAGGGCCUGCUUUCCAAUUGGACUUUGUGUCUACGCCGGUGGAUGCUUGAUUUUCUGGCCUGCUGCUGUUCUGACUUCCUGGCAGACAUUCAUUGUUACCAACUUGAUCGUUGGAUUCGGGCUGUCGAUCCUGGAGGUUUCGGCCAAUCCGUUCAUCGCCUUGUGCGGACCCGCAGAAUACGCAGAAGUCAGGCUGAAUAUCAGCCAAGGCGUACAAGCUGUUGGUACCGUGGUGGCGCCCCUGAUUGCGAAUAGAGCGUUCUACCACAAGUCGCUGAAUGCUCCCUCACUGGCCAAUACACAGUGGGCAUAUCUCGGUAUUGCGCUUGCCACUGUCGCUCUCGCUGCAAUAUAUUUCUACCUGCCUUUGAACGAGGCCACCGAUGCAGAGCUUGAAGAUGCCGCAGAGCGAAUGGACGGCGCGAACAAGGCCAAGAUUGGCAAUUUACGGGUGAUCUGGCUUGUUCUUGGGCUGGGAAUCUUCAGCCAGUUCUGCUACGUUGGGGCCCAGGAGGUCGUUGGACAGAAGUUCGGCCUGUACGUCGAAGCUGUCUCUCCAGGCCGGAAUGUCUCGAACUUUCUCGCCGUGGCACAUACUGCGUUCGCGGUGUCUCGAUUUUUGGCGGCCGGCUUAGGAGUCUGGAUCAAGCCCCGGAUCUUGAUGCUGUUCUUCUACUGCGGAGCCAUCCUCUUCCUUGGCCUCUGUACCCACUACACGGGUGGUGUGGGUCUCGCAAUGAUGGUCAUGGUCUUCUUUUGCGAAGGUCCUCUCUUCUCUCUGAUCUACGCGCAAGCCCUUCGCGGACAAGGCAAGCACACCAAGGCCGCUGCGGUGAUGUUGACGUCGGCCAUAAGCGGCGGAGCAGUCUUCUCGCCCAUCUCCACCACCAUCAUCGACUCCGGCCGCUCCGUGUCGUACAGUCUGGUCGUAGCUAUUGCUGCCUAUGCUGGUGGCACCGUCUUCGCAAUCGGACUUAGCGCGAGCGGUAGAGUCCGCCGUGUGGUCGAUCCGAUAAAGGACGUCACGUCGGGCACUGUCGAAUCCCGGCCAAGUUCAAUGAGCAGUCGAGCGAGUCGCGCAUUGAGUCUGCUGAGUAUUGGGAAGAAGAAUCGAAAGGGAAGUGGUGCGGUGGAGUACAGGGAGAGAAAAGUUAGUGGGACGUUGAAUGAAUCAUGA